AUGACUCAAUUAGCCAAUGGUUAUCUUAACAUCCCGCUAUCCAUGACUAAACAAGAACAAAUGUUGAUAAGAGAGAUAAACAAGAAUGUCAAUUUGUCAAACGAAAAAAAAGUUGAAUUCUUGCAGCAAAGUGAGUUUUUAUUUGAUAUUUGUUCUUGCAAAUGUAAGAUAUUAGGCCAGUGCAGUUGUGUUAGAGAAGUCAAAAUUCCCAAAGAAGAGCAUGAGUUUUUAAUUGAUCAAAGAGGUGAAAGAAAAAUGAGAAUCGGUGGCAUUGAUCGCAAUCGGACUAAAAAUUUACAAAAAAAGUUAGCUCGAAAAUCUGCAUCGACAAAUAAGUGCCAGAGAAGUGAUACUAAUAACACCCAAUAUAAAAUGCCAGAAAAGAUAUUAAUUUCAUCAAUAAAUAGUGAUUCAGAUACAAAUAUUUUAUUUGCCGAAAAGAAAAGCCUUUCUACCUCAGAAACUAUGGAAAAUAAAAAGUACAUCAAAGGUUUACCGUUGUUGUCGCAAGUAUGUGACCGUUAUGGAGUGUCUGAAAGAGCUGGUGCUGCAAUUGCUUCAGCAGUUUUACACGAACUUUUGUCGGAUGUCGUGAUUGAUAAAUCGAAGCUGCGAAGAGAGAGAAAGAAAACACGUGAAGUUUUUAUGCAAAAUGAAAUUCACCUGAAUUUACCUGCUUUAAAUUUUGAUGAACGGAAAGAUAAAACACUGAGGAUAGUCACAAACGGAAUCAAAAAGUACAGGCAAGUAGUUAUUGAAGAACACGUAUCUAUCAUUAAAGAACCGGAUUCCAUUUAUUUAGGUUAUGUGACGCCAUCACAAGGAACGGCUGAAAGCAUUGAAAUGUCGAUAAACGCACUUCUUUCAGCUAAAAAUAUUGGCACAGAUGAUCUCCUAUUGGAUGCGAUGGAACAGUAA